CUUGGUUUUAUAAGCAAAAGUGAAAGCAGCACCUCAGAUUGCUCUACCAACUGAGUGGAGAAGAUCUUUUCUACUUCUCUGGGAGAAGCCUGCUACCUCUCCACUGCUCAAAAAUGGGAUCCAGCUCAAGUAAAUCUGCCAGUUCAAUCCCUGGUGACCAUGAGCCUGAUAAUGCCCUGAGGAUUGUCCUGGUUGGGAAAACUGGAAAUGGAAAAAGUGCAUCAGGGAAUACCAUCGUUGGGGAAAAAAGCUUUGUGUCUGAAAUUUCACCCAAUUCAGUGACCCAGAGAUGUACAAAGAUAACCAAGAAACAGGAAUCCAAGGAAGACCUUGUGGUCGUUGAUACACCUGGGCUGUUUGACACAAAGCACAGCCUGUGGACCACUUCUGAGGAGAUCAGUCGCAGUGUUAUCUUUUCUUCCCCGGGGCCACACGCCAUCAUUUUGGUUCUGCAGCUAGGACGCUAUACAGAUGAAGAGCAGCAAUCUGUCUGCUGGAUCAAGGGGCUCUUUGGGCCUGAUGUCACAAAGUACAUGGUAGUCUUAUUUACUCGGAAAGAUGACUUGGAAGAUCAGACACUGGACGAGUUUUUGCAAGGCUCUAGUAAGAACCUCAAAACACUCCUCCGAGAGUGUAAGGGGCGAUACUGUGCGUUCAAUAACAAGGCCCAGGAUAUGGAAAAAGAAGCCCAAGUGGAAGAGCUGAUGGAAAUAAUAAAGAAAAUGAGGCAGGCUAAUAAGGGGGCAUAUUUUUCACAUGCCAUAUACAAGAAAACUGAGGAAAAACUAAACCAAACAAUAGAAAACCUUAAGGCAGAGUACAAGAAACAUUUAGAAAAUGACAUCUGUGAUGUGAAAGAAGAAUAUGCUAAGAAGGAAAAUCUCACAGAUAAAGACAAAAUGAAACAAGAUUCUAAAAUAAGUGAACUGAAGCAAAAAUAUGAUGAAAAUAUUAAAAACAUAAGAGCAAAGGCAGAGCAAGAGACAAGUAUACUGAGAGAAGUGACAGAGAUAAUUAGAAAGAUGAUUAUUAAUAUUUCAGAUUGGUUCCAAAAGUUUGUGUAGGAGCUUUAAAAAAAAUGAACCUACUUUCUUUUGUUCAUAGCUAUCCCUAAUUUUAUGUAAACUUUAUUUAUAUAUAGAAUUGGGUCUUGAUUCCCUUCAUAUCACUCAAAGAUAAAUAUUUUUUCAAGGCAUGACACACUAGCUGUGGAGGACUGGAGCUCCCUCUAGUGAUGUAUCACAUUAUAGCUCCCAAAAUGAAACGCCCCUCUUCUUUUAUCUGAGCCUUUACUAGCCAUGUGUCUAGAGACCUGAGCCCCAAACAUAGAGUAUGGGGGUCAGCCACCUCAAAUCCUCCAUGUAAGUGGAUAGGUAAUAAAUCACAACUAGAUGUAAAGGUUUAAGUCAGUAAAGGAGAGCCAGAGGCUCUCUGAGCAUGGCAGAAAAGUCUGAGGUCCGAGGAAGAAAUUAGUGGACGACAUUCUCAUUUAUUUCCUGGUUUUUAUGCUUAUUUUCUCAAAUUGUUUCAAAGCUUUUUUAUUCCUGACUCUCCAGGGUCUGACCGUUAGUCCCAGAAUCUAAAGAAGUCUUCCUUGUCUAUGAUUAAUUCUAUGUCUCCUUCGUACACUUUAAAAUACUUUUUUCUUUCCUCCUAAACAACCAGUCCCGCUUUUCACUUUCAUCAUGUCUACUGCUUUGCCCCAUGUAGAAUGUAAGGUCCUGGGAAGUAGAGAUUGUUUCAUUCAUUGUACUUGUAUUUCUAGUGCCAGCAGUAUCUGCCAUAUAUUGUCAUUGUUUAGUUAUUUCAGUUGUGUCUGACUCUUUGUGGCCCCAUUUGAAGUUUUCUUGGCAAAGAUACUGGAGUGA